AUGGCUCAGAAUCUCUACUUGUCCGGAAUGAUAGCUGGAAGAAUAUGGUGGUUAAAUCGGAGGUUCAAAAAGCUAUUUGCCAGUCGCCGUGGUCAAAAUUUUUUAGGGCCUAUCCUGGAAUCUGCAUUACUCACUCCAAUAUUUCUUUUUGCGUGGCUGUUUCUGAAUUUAUCAAUUGUUGGCCUUGCGGAUGAUGGCUUAGAAAUUAUAAGACCUUGCACAUUGACUCAGGUUGUGGGCAUUGCAUCUACAAUGAUUAUUGUCCGUAUCGGUCUUGGCAUAGAUGUUCUUGCCACGUCGCAGCCAUAUUCCACAAUUGGGGUUGUUGAAGUGCAGGCUGCUGGACCAAUGGAUCACCCAGAGCAGAGCUGUACACAAACAGCCACUGCCAACACUGACAAUAUUCAGCCCUUUGAACUCAAGUAUGAGGAUCCCGAAAUGCAAGCUGCUGGACCCACAGCCAUAGAGUAUCAUCCAGAGCAGACUUGCGUGCUCGCAGGCACUACUCACACCAACAAUGUUCUCUCAAUGAUUCAACCCUUUGAGCUGAAGUAUGAGCUUCCUAUCGAAGCUCAAGCUUUGCCAUAG